AUGGAGCUAGAGGCCAUGAGGAGAUACACCAGCCCAGUGAACCCGGCUGUCUUCCCCCAUCUGACUGUGCUGCUCUUGGCCAUUGGCAUGUUCUUCACCUCCUGGCUCUUCGUUUAUGAGGUUACUCCUCCAAGUGCACUCGGGAUAAUCUAUAAAGAGCUCCUCAUCCCUUUGGUGGCCUCGCUCUUCCUGGGCUUUGUAGUCCUCUUCUUGCUGCUCUGGGUUAGCAUCUUCAUAUGAGCUCUCAAGGGUUCCAUCCAGGCAGCUUCAAUGAAUCCCUGCUUUAGUAAAUUAAUUUGUUUUACUAUUGUUGGAAAUGUCCUACCUGCUUGCUGCUCACAAUAAAGGCAGGUAUGUGACCUUAAAAAAAUGUAGAAUAUAUUAUUUCUUAGGAAGGCACCCUGGUGCAGUGAAAAGCAUUGGAUAGACAUCACAUCCUGAUACAUGCUUUUUAGCAGUGUGAGUUUGGGUUUAGUCCUUUUUACCUCAUGGAGCCACAGGAUACAGAAUUGGGGUGAAGACAAGCUAUUAUGCCUUGGGGACUGGAAGGCCCUCUCUGAAUUUCACUGUGGAGAUCGACCCAGCUUAUGUGGAUACACAGAGUGAAGACCUAUCCAAAAUGUAUUCCUUUUAAAUCAAUGAAAUACACAUGCAACUGAACACUUGCGGUUCUUUUUCUGAAGGUUUCUCUGACAGUUCUACCUAUUAAAUUCUCUUGUUUUAAGAGGUAGCAUCUCACAGGGAUUUUGGUCUAGUUUACUGCUGCACGGGGGUGCAAUGUGUCUUUGUGUAAAAUCAAACAAUGUGCUAACAAGCUAAGACUUCCACAGAGGCCCAGAAGGCAAAUGAAGCAGGGGGCGCUGUUCUCCCUGUCAGACGCCUCAACAGUUCCUUUUCUCGAGCUCCUUAUCCUCACUUCCUCAAACCUCCAACAUAAAAUGUCAUCAACUGAGAUUCAUUGAAAUGAGAUCCGGUGGAGAUUAGCGGGAGCAUGUGGAUUACAGGAUCUUUGGAAGAAACAGUUUUAUUUUUGUCCAGGGCACGUAGGUAAUUGAACCAAGCACCGAACACAGUGUCCCAGUCUGGCACAACAUAGACACUCAAUAAAUACUUAUUUAAUUGAAUGGAACUGAAUCCAAGAGCUGUAUAGAAGCCCUACUGUAAUGAGCAGGUGAAAAUUGUAAUUGGAAAAGCAGAGUAUCAGCCACAGGAACCCAAGGCUCUCCUUAAAUUUUAACUAGCCACUUGCACUCGGAAAGAUGCUCCUGAAGUACUUGAUUUCGAUGUGUUCUCUUAAGUACCUAGAUAAACAUUCCUGCUCAAUGUGGUUUGUAUUGUUUAUUUGCUCAGUUAAACUGGUUUCCCUUGCCUUAUUUUUUCCCUUCUGCUGAGACGAAAAGAAACUAUAAUUCUCGUUUUUCUCUUCACCUGGAUUUUCACAGAUUUUAAAUUAGGCAAAGAGAAUUUGGACUACUUAUUCUCUAUUUCAUCCCCAUCCUCUAUUGCCUCUAGUAAAAAGAUUUACAAAAAUAAAGAAAAAUGGAGUUCCAGUUGAGUUGGCCAAAGGGUAUCAGUGACAUAAAAAUGCAGGAGCUUUAGUCCUGUCUUGAUGCAUCUCAUUUCAACUGUCAAAUACAUCCAACUUCCAAAUCCAGUGUCUUUGAAAGACAGAAAGAGAGAGAUAGAGAGACUGCACAUUGUUUUGUUUAUGUACUUGGAGAGAAUGGAGUCUAAAAACACAUAAUUUAUUCAGUUCGAUAAAUAUUUGCUAAGGCCCUCCUAUAUUAAAGACAUUUAUUAGCUGCCACAGGUAGAUACAAAAUGGGGAAAGGUAAGAUACCUGCCUUUAUGAAGUCCCAAAAUAAAGAAAGUAGUGAGAAAACUAUAGCACCCAAAUAACAACAUAACACAGAAUAUUCUGUAAAUUAUAGAUGUUAAAAUCAGAUGGACCUGAGUUUGAUCCCAACUCAGUAUGAGCCCAAUCAUACCACUUAACUCCUUAGACCUAAAUUUCCAUAUCCAAAAAUAGAGGCUCAAUAAUGAUGACUUGUUCCUUUUAAAGAUUAAAUGUACAGUGCCCCUGAACUAUAUAAUGUAGUGCUUGGGACACAGUUAAAUGCUUUAAAAAACUGGGAUUCCUUAAAUGGUCUGAAUUGAGGGUUUUCCCAGAAAGAUGAUAAAUGAG